GACUUUGGCGGAGCUUUAGACUUGCUUCCCUGGCCGCCAACUAGAAAGGACAGACGAUUUCAACAUAACAGCUGGCUAUCUUCUUAAGCCUCCAUAGCAUUCGAUUUCCCAGCUGACUACUCUAUCUCUUUAAUCUGCUUUCUUUCAAAUUCUUUUCACAAUGGCGCAAGUGAUAUCCAAUUCCGGUCACGAUGACAUGAUUCAUGAUGCUGUUCUCGACUACUAUGGCCGACGCCUCGCAACAUGCUCCUCCGACAAGACAAUCAAGAUAUUCGAGAUUGAGGGCGAAUCCCAGAGAUUAACAGAGACAUUAAAAGGACACGAAGGCGCAGUAUGGUGUGUUUCAUGGGCGCAUCCUAAAUACGGCAAUAUCCUCGCCUCGGCAGGCUACGACGGCAAGGUCUUUAUCUGGCGCGAGCAGGGAAAUGUUUGGCAAAGAAUAUUCGACUUUGCUCUCCACAAGGCCUCGGUGAACAUGGUGGCAUGGUCACCUCACGAGUCGGGUUGUCUCCUUGCGUGCGCGUCCUCUGACGGAAACGUCUCCGUGCUCGAGUUCAAGGACAACAACUUCUCCCACGUUUCCUUCCCCGCACACGGACUCGGCGUGAAUUCAGUUUCCUGGGCACCUGCGACGACACCUGGUAGCAUUGUCUCUUCGGCACCAGCAGGCACCGGUGCUCUUGGCCAGCGUCGCUUCGUAACGGGAGGUUGUGAUAAUGUGCUCAAGCUGUGGACCUACGACGUUGCUUCGCAAGGCUACAAGCAAGAAAGGGAACCGUUGGCAGGGCACACCGACUGGGUGCGGGACGUUGCAUGGAGCCCUACCGUGCUACAGAAGAGCUAUAUUGCAUCCGCCUCGCAAGACAAGACGGUGCGAAUUUGGACAAGCGAUAACGCGAGCCAGGGGCAGUGGUCGGUCAAGGUCCUGAACUUUGAAGCCGAGGUCUGGCGGGUUAGUUGGAGUCUUAGCGGUAACGUAUUAGCUGUUAGUGGCGGCGAUAAUAAGGUCUCGUUAUGGAAGGAGAACCUACGGGGAGAGUGGGAGUGCGUCAAGACGAUGGAGGAAUAGGAGUCAGGUCUAUCGUACCAACGAAUUUGACGACGGAAACAGAACAAGGUCGAGGAGGAUUGACACGAAGCCCGGCGUUAAGAUGUAGAUGGGGCACUGAUUCGGCAGGACUGUUGGCCAUGAAAAGCAGAGCAGCUUUGCGUCUUGCAACUAGACGAAAAUUUCGGAAAUAAAUAUGAUAUCCUACGGAAGCUGUAUAGAUGGUAAUUCAAACCUGAC